ACUAUUACCGCGACCGACUGUCUGUCAGUUCUGUUCUGUUGUGUUUAGUGGUCGGUGGUGUAGCACUGGUUACCGAGAAGGGUGCACACAAGUAUUACGGCAGCAGCUACGAAGUCGGUGGGAAGUGAUCAAGGACGAGUUAGCGAGUCUCGUGAUCAGUGACAUAGUUAUUAGGUGACUGUGAUAGUGAUGUAAAAUGAGCAAAGGGACGGACAGUGAAAGUGAAAGUCCUUCCUCCUUGGAGUGCUGGGACUACAGCAUAGAGUUGGAAUGUCUCCGUGGCCCUCAAGACUUGCAGCUAGCUGCCGAGCUGGGCAAGACGCUCCUAGAACGCAACAAAGAAUUGGAAACAAGCCUCAAACAGCACCAGAAUGUAAUCGAGGAGCAGACCCAGGAGAUUGAGUAUCUGACAAAGCAGACGGCAGCGUUGCGGGAGGUGAACGACUCAAGGCUAAGGAUCUACGAGCAAUUGGAAGUGAGCAUUCAGGAACUUGAGCACACCAAUCAGAAGCUUUCCGUUGACAACAUAUCUGACAAGAAACUGAUCAAGACUUUGACAGCACAAAUAGAAUCCCUGGAUCUACGAUGCGAGGAGUUACAGAAGAGUAUGGACGAGAUGGCUGUGGCGCAGGAGAGCGCGAGACGCAGGCAGCGGCGGUCCGUGUGUACCCCCGACACGCCCCAAGCUACCCCCUGCCCCGGCCCCGUCCCAGCACCUCCACCCUGUGGGGGCGACGAGGACGAGGUUCUGCAACUGCUCCAACAGAUCCAGGAGCUCCGUAGUCAGCGAGCCCGGGAACAGAGGAAAGCCAAUGAUCUGGAGGAUCAGUUGACGCAACUCAUUCAGGAAAAUGCCUGCCUGGAAGAGAGGGUUGCAGUUCUCCAGCAAAAGGAAGAAGAGAUGCAGAGCCUCCAGGAAGAGCUGUCAACUCUUGAAGAGAUCAGGCAAGGACAGCUGUGCAGACGGUGCCUGAGGGGACAGGAUGGUGGAACUCUAACAGCUGAUGAGGAUGAUGACGAUGUCAGCAUCAUUGACUCCUUGGUGGAUGAGAGUCAACGCAAGUCGGUUCUGAUGCAGCUUCAGGAAUCACUGGGAGAAAGCUGCCAAGGGGACAAUCCAUACCGGGACUUAGUAGAGAAGUAUGAAGCAUUGCUCAAGGUCCAGCGUCAUCCCGGGAUCAUCCGACCACCACAGACUGUCUCCAGCAACAACUGCCUAUCUCUUCAGGAGGAGCUGCAACUCUCUGGCGACUUCUUCCAAAAAGAAGAUGUGGACAGUGAGGGAGAGAUUAGAGAACUACCAAAGAAAGACCCAGUUAAGACCACACCGAACGGAAAAGCAUUCUCAGCAACUCCAACAGACUUCUCGGAGGCAGAAACUUCAUCAUCAGGGUUCUCUGACGAGACGAGCAAUAAAGGCACACAGACAGAUGCUCACUUCCCACCGGGAUCAUUCCUGUGCACUAUCAGCGAUGGAGAUGACUGCAGGUUCAGCAUUUACGAUGAUGCGAGUCCAGUAGAGAGUAGGUUUAGGAAAACGCCAGAGUACCGUCAGCUCUUCAGAGAGAUAUUUGCAGUGUUGAAGAGAGCUGCUGAGGCGAAAGAUGAGGGUGAGAAGCUACCUUUGUUGGAUGACUUCACUCCGAUAUGUGAAGAAGCACCUAAAGUUCCUCCUGUCACACCGGCCAAAGAAGAAUUCCCCUGUCAUUUGCCAGAUCCGGAAGAAGAGAUGUCUCAGUUUACCGAAGAACAAUCGGAUAUUGUCAGUUUAGAACCUCCUGAAUCCGUAAACUCAUCUAUGGCUAAUGGUCCUGAGCUGCCAUGUGGUUCCACACCAAAGCCGAUUCGAUCCACUGAGGCACCGGCACCGUGCAAUGAGAGCGUCAUCGAAACAUCAGAGCAACCUCCCUCUUCGUCUGUUGAAGAAAAGAAAAAACCCACUAGAGACAUUUUAGAGUAUCUAUCGUCGGGCGUUGGGAACAAAAAGAAAUCCAAGAAGAAGUCAGGUGCCCCCGUAGAACCAGCUGAAGUUCUUGGAAUUGGCGCCAAAAUAGUUUACUCGAGCAAAGUUACCAGAAGAAAGAAGGAGGUUAGGAUGAGCGAUAACGUUAACAGGUCAGCGGACAGAUCGACCUGGUGUGUCACCGGUAGCGAUAUAGUCAAUAAAGUACGUGUUGAGCAGAGUGAGACACAGAGGCACAGCUCUGCCUGGGACAGUCACUUCACAAAGGCGGCCACCCAAGUCGCCACACUCAAAAUGUUGGACAAAUCGUACGCAGAAGUCUUGCGACAGUCUGGGAGAAAGAAGUCUCACCCGAGAUCAACGAAUUCACACAGAAAUUAG